AUGAAUCCAACAUCAACUAACCAGCAGCAGUCAACUUGUGCAUCAAUUCAGCUUCCUACUAACCAGCAGCAGUUAACCAGUGUACCAAUUCAGAUACCUUCUAACCAGCAGCAGUCAACCAGUGUACCAAUUCAGCCUCCUACUAACCAGCAGCAGUCAACCAGUGUAUCAAUUCAGCCUCCUACUAACCAACAGCAGUCAACCAGUGUAUCAAUUCAGCCUCCUACUAACCAACAGCAGUCAAACAGUUUAUCAAUUCAGCCUCCUACUAACCAGCAGCAGUCAACCAGUGUAUCAAUUCAGCCUCCUAAUAACCAGCAGCAGUCAACUUGUGCAUAUUACGAUACUUCAUUUUGUUGA